CUUGAAUCGAAGCUUUAAAUGCUACACCCCUCGCAAUAUACAGACUGAAACACUGGAACGGAACGCCAUUCACAAAUCAUACUCGAAAUGUCUUCGAUUGGGCCUCAAUUACCGCCACACCUAUCGAAACGGAAGCGCACACCUGAUGAUGAAGCCUCAAACUCCAGCAAACACCGUCGCAGCGAAUCUCCAGCAAAGAAUACAGAUGAGAUUGACCUAGAAGACUCGGACGAUGAUUAUGGUCCCAGCGCACCUUUACCGCCCAAAGCACCCGUCGGCCCAGCUUUACCGGCAUCGAAUAAGGACGAGAUAGAUCUCGAGUCUGAUUCCGAAUCUGAUACAGGCCCAGCACCACCAAAGCCCACCGUUGGGCCUGCGCCACCUCCCGCCGAUAUUUCGCAACGCCCAGCAACAUCUCCCGACUCAGAUUCAGACUCCGAAGAUGACUACGGCCCUGCACUACCAGGCUCAGUCAAAGCGAACAAACCCACGAUAGGGCCACAGCUUCCAUCCGCUGAACCAGCACCCCAGCGCGACUCGUGGAUGCUUGCGCCCCCCACAGCAUCGGGCUACUCAGAGCGCGACCCAACCAAGAUGCGCAAUCGUAAAUUCGCUUCCAAGCCAGCAUCGUCUUCUGGUCCCUCGACUGUAUCGACAAUAUGGACCGAAACCCCUGAAGAGAAGCUGAAGAGACUGCAAGACUCGGUACUAGGACGCGCCGACAAGAAUACAGACACAGCACCGAAGCUAGGGAAGUCUCAGGAAGAGGAAGAACGGAAUCGUAGAAUUGCAGCAAAUAUUGAAUCGCAGCGAGGUAAAAGUCUAUACGCAGAGCAUCAGGGGCGAAGAGAAAAGGAAGGUCAAAGGGUUGAGGAGGAGGAGGAUGAUCCCAGUAAGCGGGGAUUUGACCGAGAAAAGGAUAUGGCUCUGGGUGGAAAGAUCGGCACGGCGCAAAGGAGAGAGUUGAUGAACAAAGCUGCUGAUUUUGGUGGCAGGUUUUCAAAGGGAUCUUUCCUCUAGCAUGUGGACGAUAGAUCUCUGGGAUUCUAAGACAAGAAACUAGAUCAAGACUUAUUCUUCUUCUUCU